AUGAGUCUUUUUAAUACACCUUUAUUAGAUAGUAAUCUAUCUAGUCUAACUGUUGACGAAAAAGAACUUAAAAACCAUAUUAACAAAUACAUCAAUCAUGUGGAGAUAUCCGAUUGGUCUUAUCAUUUUAAUCGAAUUUUCAUUAGCCCAGAAAACUCGUUUAAUGUAAAAUAUAUCAUAAAGGUAUUAUAAUAUUAUACACCUAAUUUAUUUGUAUCAUUUAAAUUAUUCUUGUAUUCCUAACUACUGAAAUUUUAAAAAACUUUUUCUUAACAUAUACUAAUACUACAGUAUAAUAUUAGUUAAGCAUGUAUUAGAAUAUAGUAUAGGUAUUUAUUAUUAACAUAACAAAAUAUACGUAUAGUUAUUAAUAAAUAUUUAAAACUAAAUGUUUCACAUUUUCAGUUUUUAUCAUCAAAGUUAGCCAAACAUAACCAAGUGCUCAGAAAAUAUAUUUCAUUAGCGGGCUCGGAUGAUCAAUUAAUAUCUCAAGAAAGACGAUCUAAAACCAUGUCUAAAUCAUCCGAUUUAUUAAGUGAAAUUAAAGAUGAUGUUGACUUAGUUAAGAAUGAUGAAGAUAUCGUUAUUGAUGAUAUUCUUGAUGGUUUAACAUGCAUGGAGUUUAUUCGGUGAAUUGUGUACGGUUGUCGACAUUUUAAAAUCAUUAAAUUAACAUAAUGAAAUGCUUUAGAUUAUUGGAUAUAGAACCGGAUAAAAGAUUAAAGACAAUAAUGCAUCAUUAUAACAUAUAUAAUACAACUUUUGAUAGCAUACCGGUUGAUAAACUAGAUAAAUUAAGCAACAAUAUAAAAAAAAAUGUCCCAUAUGAAAUAGUUACGGAAAAAGCAGUAAACGAAUCCCAGAACCAUCAGGUAAUUUGUAAUUUUUGUUAAUUCUGUGCUAGCACUGUUAUCCGUAGGAGUUAUAUAAUUUAUUAAUUUUAUUGGUCAUGAAUGGUUUGUUAUUUCCUCUAUAGAUUUGCUUUAAAUAUAUACUAUAUUAUAUUAAUAAUAUACUGGUAAAUAAGUCAAGUAUUACUCAAUCUCACUCAUAGAGAGUGACGUAAAUAGGGAAAUGCAGGGAUGCGGUUGCAUUAGAGUCCUAAAUCUAAGGGACCGUACUACCUUUCCAGAACGUUGUUUUUUGUGAUUAGUGAAUAUUUACGUGUUGAAAAAAAUAAUAAACCAAAAUAAUAUCUUAUUAUAUAUUAUUUACCAGUAUUAUUUCGAUAAAUAAUAAUUAUUGAUUCGAAAUUCUUAUUAUAGUCAAACCUGUCUGUUAACCGACACCUAUCUGUAAUGAACACUUCUCUCAAGGCAUAACAUUUUAAGAUCCCUGUAAAAAGAUAGUGAUUUUCACGUAUUUCUAUCUGUCUAUAACGGACGGGGACAGUAAUAUCACAAAAUAGGUUUAAUAAAAAGGGACACUCUCGAUGCAAAACAAAAACGUGAUGGCCACUUUGCCGUUUAUGGAGCUUAUCAAUUUAGUGUUAUCAAUAAUAUUAAUAAUAUAAUUAUGUAUAAUAAUAUUAAUAUUUCUGAGAUCAUUUCUGAAAUUAUUAUUUUCUUAAUGUUUUAGUUAAUAUCUAUAAUUAAUAGUAUUGUUUGUUACCUUUUGAAGUUGUUAAAAACGUGUGGUGCCAUAAUAAUUGAUAUAUCCAGAGAUAAUAAAGCAUUAUCAAAAGGAAAAGAUCUAUUCAGGUUAUUAAAAAGAGAUAUUUAUAGCAUGAAAGAUAAAGAAAGAAUCCUUGCAAUGCAAAACAAAAGAUUGAUUGUGUUAAUAUCAACUGUGAUGACUUGGGCGGGUGACAAUAAACGCGUUAGUUAGUAAUAUUAGUAAAAACAUUCAAAAUAAUAUUUAAAAAUAAUUUAUCGUUAAUUUAAAAAGCGUACUGUGAGUGAAAAAGAUGUAGACAAUAGAAUUCCAAAUCCAGAAUUUGUAGAGCAUUAUGAAUUUGAACUCGACGUUUUCGCUGUAAACCAAACAAAAGGGGUAAACAUAUUUGCAUUGUAAAAAUAAGUAAAGACAUACAAUGAUCGAUAUUUUUAUUAUACUAUUUGUAGUUAAGAGAAUUCUUGACGACAAUAAUCAUUUGGUCGGGUCUAACUUAUGGGUUUGAACAAGAUUUGUUAAAUUUUGCGUUCGAUUCAGCUUGUAAAAAUAACGAUAUACUUGUAUAUCCAAUACCAACAAAUCAAAACUACGUACCUGUAAUGCACGUUGAAAACUUAGCAAGGUUGGUAAUUUUAAAAACUAUUAACUGCACAUUGUUUUUUUUUAAAUUGAUUUACUAAUUAUUUAAUUAACUUUAGGCUCGUACAUAAAAUAGUAUCAGAAAUUCAUACACUGAAAUGCCACUGUAUUUUUGCUAUUGAAAGCCCUGUAAAUACAUUAAAACAAAUUAUUACGGUAAGUAGUACCAUAAAUCAAAAUAAUUACAAAUAAUGUUAGUUAACUGUUUAUAAUGCGAGUAGUUUGAAUAUUGUUUUAGGCUCUUGAUAAAACACGUGGCGAAAGUAUUUCGACUUUUGUGUCAUUAGACACGUUCAUAAACAAAUAUGAGCUGACAGUGAGUAACAAGUCUAUUCUAAAAAAUAUAUAAAUGAUAAAUGUCAGUAUUUUUAUAGGGUUUACAUAAACAAAUAAUAUCUGUUGAUAUUAAAGUUAAUUCAUGUAUUGAUCGAUUGUGGCCCAAUUUUGAGUGGUAUGGAGGUAAAUUGUCUAUAAUUUAUAAAAUAAAAUCAUUAGUCAAUACAUACAAAAUAGAACAUGACAUUAAGGUGAACACUUACAUAUUUGUUUUCAAAUUAAUAAUAUUUAAAAUUUUAAGAUUAUUAUGUUUAAUGUAUAUGUAUAUUAUUAUAUUAUGUAUACCUAUACACUUAUUUUUUGCAGAAUUUAAGAAUCUUAGUGCUCGGUCCACCGGCUUCUGGUAAGACUACACUUGCGCGUAAACUUGCCAAACAUUAUGGUUUAAUACAUGUGGAAUCUAAACAAAUAAUCCAGAAUCAUAUUAGUGCAAUUGUAAGUUAAAUAUUGAAUAAUAUUAUAUACAAUAUAAAUUAAGAAUAUAUCAAUGACGGAUUAGAGGGAGGUGGUGAUAUAGUGAUUAUUACUUGAAUUAUAUAAAUAUCUACAACUCCAAGCUGUAACUGGAAGAAUGAUGGGAAAUCAAAUUGUGUACGUUAUUUAAAACAUUAAAAUAUUACCUAGUGUACAGUAAGUACUAAGUACUUAUAUUAACCUUUCCACUGCUACACUAUUUUUAUUCUGUAAACUAUCUAUGCUACAUAAAAUAAAUUAUUUUUAUCUGUUUUGUUUUUAUAGUAAUAGACUAAAAAAGAAUUAUAAAAUGGAACUUUAGAGUUAAAAAAAAAUUACAUUACGUGGAUAAAAUUGUUAGACCGAAUAAAAAUGCUUGAGAAUUUAACAUAAGAUGCAGAGAUUCAUUAAAAGUCGUACUUUUUGGGAAAAAAAAGUUAGAGCAGAGGCUAACUGACUUAUCACUUUUUAAUAUUCAUGAAAUGAAAACAUUAAUAUAAAAAAUAUUGUUAAUCAAAAUUUAUUUUAAAGUAAUGUCCGUAUUUUUUAAUUUAAUAUAAAAUAAAUAAUCAAUAUUGAAAUCAAUUUAAAGAACAUUGUUGAAUUGUAGUAUACAUUUAAAUAGUGAUCAUUGAAAGGUAGAAUUAAGUAUAGAAAUUACUGAUUUUAUGCUUAUUAUGUUACGUGAGUGGAUUUCAAGUUGAUUUAAUUUUCAGUAUAGGUUUAACAUCCAUUAAAAAAUAUAAAACAAAGCCCUUGUCCCUCCCUUUAAAUAAGCUUGAGAUUGCCCUUGGCAUAGAUGUAUGGGUUACAUUUUGAAAUAAUGACUUUUGUAUGCAGAGAGAAGAACUGAUGUUACUUCAUCAACAAGAUCUAAAUUCAACUUUGAUAGACUUAAUAGAUGAUGACGACCGAACUGAAGUACCCAAAAAAAUCGAUCCCACUGAAAGUAAAAAAAUGUUGGAAUUAGAUCAAGAGCUUGAAAAAUUAUAUGCGUCUAUGGAUGCCAACAAUGGAGUAUUAAACGACUUUUAUUUUAUUCCGUAAUUGUUUUGUUUUAAUUAUUUUCAAAAUUAAUUUUCUCACGAAAUGCUUUUAAAAAUAAUUUGACUUCCUCGUUUUAUUUCUAUACACUUAUAGUUUAUUAAUAAAAGAAAUGUCUCGUGUAGUUUCUACUAAACGUGGAUAUGUUCUGGAUGGAUACCCAACAACGGUAAAUCAAGCCAAGCAAAUAUUCAACAAAAUAAAUACACCACAACAAAUUGAUAUUAAUAAACUACCUAGUAAUCUAUUAAAAAGAUAUUUUAUUUUUACUUUUUUCAUUGAGUACUGGAAUAAUUAAGUACGUAUUGUGUUUUUAUUCUAUAUCCGUAGAUUUAACUGUUUGUUUAAUACAAAAAACACAGCUUAUUCCAUCUACUACAGUAUUUUCUAAUGAUAACAAUACUGUUUCAAGUACAAUUGAAACAAGAAGCUUAAAACGAAGGCUUAUAUUCUCAAAAGAGAAUGAUGUGGCUGAUUCAAAUUAUGAAAUGUCUACUACAACAAGCGUAGCUGUUAAAGCUGCUAAACCUAUAUUAAAAAAAACCCAUUCUAGUAUUGGGUCAACAAGAGAUAAAUCGUGA